AUUCCAGUGCUUUAUUCACUAUCUUCUGCCAAUACCACGAUAUCGUCCCACGGUGUACUUGUUUUCAUUCACUACUGCAUCAUUCCAACCAACCAACUGUGCCAAACUUCUAGCAACACACAAAUCAGGAAGCUAUGUCGAUUCCUUCCGGUGUGCAAAUCCAGGACGAAUGCAUUAGCGCAGUCAACGAACUGCGGUCUCGAAGAGAUGCAGACAAACCCCGCUACGUCAUAUACAAAAUCUCCGAUAACGGCCAGAAUGUCGUCGUGGACGAGACCUCAUCAGACAAAAACUAUGAGGCAUUCUUGAAUAAGCUUGCAUCCGCCACUGACGACAAGGGUAAACCUGCCCCUCGCUACGCUGCCUACGAUGUCGAAUAUGACCUUGGAGAGGAGGGGAAAAGAAUUUCAACUGCCUUUAUCUCCUGGGUUCCUUCGGGUACAUCAAUUAAGUCUCGCAUGGUCUACGCAAGUACUAGAGAGCAGCUGAACAAGGCACUCAAUCUGCCUGUGUCGAUACAUGCCGACGACCUUGAUGAUAUUGAGUGGCAUAGUGUCGUCCGGCGCGUGAGUCGAGGAAGGGUAUAAGAUUCCAUGCGUGCUGACACCUGUGGUACCGGCUAUAUCCAUGGCGUGAGACCCUUGAGAAUCGCCAGGGGGCGUGUUCUUCAAUCGAUACGCUUGUUAGCUGAAGGCUGUCUUGGAUAUGGAGACGAGUGUUGUGAUUUGUAACCCUGUGAAGGUAUUGGCAUUGAGUAACGUCUUCUAUUACAUAGACUUCACCAUCACAGCAUGUCCACUCAAUCAACUUUUGACUGACUCGGA